AUGUUCCGCUCGCUACUGUUUGUCGGCGUAGCUGGCAUCGGCGUGAACGCUGCCAACGUGCCAGCACAAGACCUCACGGCACGAGGCAACGCUCCGCCUUCGUAUGGAGCUCCGCCUUCCUACGGGGCCCCUCCUCCUUUGUAUGGACGUCCCGCAUAUUCCUGCUCGGCGUCAAAGCAGAAAUGCGCGCAGGCGAAGCAGCAAAGUCCAGUUCGCGCGUACUGCUCUUCGUUCCUUCGUAUUCCUACGGUCAAGACAACCAAAGGAGUCAAAACUGUCGUCAAGCACACCCAAACCACCGUCACGUCGUUCACCACCACGAUCCUCGCUCCAGCCUCGACUAUCACCAAGACCAUCACAAGUUGUGCCGCUCCAGCAGUCACAGUCACAGCCGCUCCCAGCCGCCGCGAUCUGCCUUCGGAGGAACUUGAACGUCGCGGCUCAGCUUUCAAGAAGCCCUCUUCACCACGACGGUCUACGCAUCGACCACGACAUUGA